UGGCACCGGGAACUCGGAGGCGGGGAGCGGCUGGGAAGUGGCCGUGGUGGUUGGCCGCGGUGGAGCUAGCGAGCGGGCGGGCGCGGGCGCGGGAGAGGAGACAGGAGCCAGCGGUGGGCAGCGGCGGCGGGGAUGGCGCGGGCAGGGCCGGCGUGGCUGCUGCUGGCGAUAUGGGUGGUCCUGCCUUCGUGGUUGUCCUCUGCAAAGGUCUCCUCGCUCAUUGAGAGAAUCUCUGACCCCAAGGACUUGAAAAAACUGCUCAGAACCCGGAAUAAUGUACUGGUGCUUUACUCCAAAUCUGAGGCGGCAGCUGAAAAUCAUCUCAGGUUACUGUCCACAGUGGCCCAGGCAGUAAAAGGACAAGGCACCAUCUGCUGGGUGGAUUGUGGUGAUGCAGAGAGUAGGAAAUUGUGCAAAAAGAUGAAAGUUGACCUGAGCCCAAAGGAUAAAAAGGUCGAAUUAUUCCAUUACCAGGAUGGUGCAUUUCAUACUGAAUAUAACCGAGCUGUGACAUUUAAGUCCAUAGUGGCCUUUUUGAAGGAUCCCAAAGGGCCUCCACUGUGGGAGGAAGAUCCUGGAGCCAAAGAUGUUGUCCACAUUGACAUUGAAAAGGACUUCAGACGACUCCUGAAGAAGGAAGAGAGGCCACUACUGGUCAUGUUUUAUGCCCCCUGGUGCAGCGUGUGCAAGAGGAUGAUGCCACAUUUCCAGAAGGCUGCGACUCAGCUGCGAGGCCACGCUGUGCUGGCCGGGAUGAAUGUCCACUCCUCUGAAUUUGAAAACAUCAAGGAGGAAUACAGCGUGCGCGGCUACCCCACCAUCUGCUAUUUUGAGAAAGGAAGGUUCUUGUUCCAGUAUGACAACUAUGGGUCCACAGCCGAGGACAUCGUGGAGUGGCUGAAGAGUCCGCAGCCGCCACAGCCCCAGGUCCCUGAGACUCCCUGGGCAGAUGAGGGCGGCUCCGUUUAUCACCUGACCGAUGAAGACUUUGACCAGUUUCUGAAGGAACACUCCUCUGUCCUCGUCAUGUUCCACGCCCCAUGGUGUGGCCACUGUAAGAAAAUGAAGCCGGAGUUUGAGAAGGCAGCAGAAGCCCUCCAUGGAGAAGCGGAUAGCUCUGGUGUCCUUGCAGCUGUCGAUGCCACCAUCAACAAGGCCCUGGCAGAAAGAUUCCACAUCUCAGAGUUUCCUACAUUGAAGUAUUUUAAGCAUGGAGAGAAACACGAAGUGCCAGUGCUCAGGACAAAGAAGAAGUUUCUGGAGUGGAUGCAAAACCCUGAGGCUCCCCCACCCCCAGAGCCCACAUGGGAAGAGCAGCAGACAAGUGUGUUGCACCUGGUGGGGGACAACUUCCGGGAGACCCUGAAGAAGAAGAAACACACCUUGGUCAUGUUCUACGCCCCUUGGUGUCCACACUGUAAGAAAGUCAUUCCGCACUUCACUGCUGCUGCUGCUGUCUUCAAAGAUGACCGAAAGUUGCUGAUGGCGAGAGGAAACAAGAGCCACUAUUCAGAUUCCCUGUCUUCUCUGUUGGUUGAAAUGUCUAUGAUUUUAUCUGCCUCAGUCCUUCGUGUCAGAGAUGGACUGCCACUUUCUGCUUCUACUGAUUAUGAACAAAGCACAGGAAUGCAGGAGUGCAGAAAGUAUUUUAAAAUGCUCUCGAGGAAACUUGCUCAACUUCCUGAUAGAUGUACGCUGAAAACUGGACAUUAUAACAUUAAUUUUAUUAGCUCUCUGGGAGUGAGCUACAUGAUGUUGUGCACUGAAAAUUACCCAAAUGUUCUCGCCUUCUCUUUCCUGGAUGAGCUUCAGAAGGAGUUCAUUACUACUUAUAACAUGAUGAAGACAAAUACUGCUGUCAGACCAUACUGUUUCAUUGAAUUUGAUAACUUCAUUCAGAGGACCAAGCAGCGAUAUAAUAAUCCCAGGUCUCUUUCAACAAAGAUAAAUCUUUCUGAUAUGCAGAUGGAAAUCAAGCUGAGGCCCCCUUAUCAAAUUUCCAUGUACGAACUGGGGUCAGCCAAUGGAGUCACAUCAGCAUUUUCUGUUGACUGUAAAGGUGCUGGUAAGAUUUCUUCUGCUCACCAGCGACUGGAACCAGCAACUCUGUCAGGGAUUGUGGGAUUUAUCCUUAGUCUUUUAUGUGGAGCUCUGAAUUUAAUUCGAGGUUUUCAUGCUAUAGAAAGUCUCCUGCAGAGUGAUGGUGAUGAUUUGAAUUACAUCAUUGCAUUUUUCCUUGGAACAGCAGCCUGCCUUUACCAGUGUUAUUUGCUUGUCUACUACACCGGCUGGCGAAAUGUCAAAUCUUUUUUGACUUUUGGCUUAAUCUGUCUAUGCAACAUGUAUCUCUAUGAACUGCGCAACCUCUGGCAGCUUUUCUUUCAUGUGACUGUGGGAGCAUUUGUUACACUACAGAUCUGGCUAAGGCAAGCCCAGGGCAAGGCUCCCGACUAUGAUGUCUGACACCAUCCUUCAGAUCUAUUGCGUUGGCUUCAGGGAGAAAAGGAGGAAACAUACCAUAACUGCCACUGUGAUAAAGAAGCUCUUCCCCACAGAGGAGAAGCUCUGCUUUCUUUCUCUCCAACUUUCCUUUUUUAAAAUCAGCAUGGCAUGCCUGUGAGCAUGGAAGACCUGCUAGGAAAAGUCCUGUCAGAAGAAUGUUGGCCAUGAGAUUAUCAUUCAGAGAAGGGGGAGAUUUCUCUCUUCAAGGCCGUAACAGUGCAAGAACAGUCAUAUGCCAUUGAAGACUUGGCCAGCAGUUCUGAAUCCUUCCUGAAGAGUUCAAAAAAUAGAUGUUGUACUUGCUCUGAGGACCAGGCAGGAGGAACUCUACAACCUGCGUUUGCCUUUGCGAGGCAUUAGUAUAGACCAAAUAAAAAGCUGCAGAAAUUGGAAAGUUUGUUUUAAAUAAAUGACUGUGAUAAAUAUCAGAUUAUUUGCACAUUUAUAGUACUAAGAGUUUAUAAAGUCCAAGAUAGUGUGAAAUUGCUUUUUACUUUUAUAUCUUUGCUUGAAUCUUAACUCUGGAAAUCACCUGAUACAAAAGAAGGCUGUGAUGAGCUCAUCUCUGGAACAUCACAGGUAUUGAAAAUACAGUAAUGUAUGUUUCCUUUUUAAUCCACAUUUGUUGUUUCUUUUGAAAUUACGUCUCAAAAAUAUGAUUCAGACUAUAGCCAUUGUUUCCCAAACUUCAGUUUCUUAAGUACUACUUGUAUUACUAUUUUCUUAAUAUUUAUCUUUUAAAUUUUAAAGUUUUUUAAAAAAUGAAUCCUCCAAGUUGAAAACAAGUAUCAAUUUGCCAUAAAUAAAAGGUAACCACAAAAUAAAUAAGAUGAACACAGAAAAUGUUGUUCAGUUCUAGCUAGAAACUAAUGCCUAGAAACGCUCUGAAUCUGAGGCUCGCUCUUUGUGGCAGUGAGGAUGUUACCAGCACCGUCGAGAGGUGCUGUCUCUGGAAUAAUCAGAGAAUAAAAGGAAACUGUAAAGGGAAUGACAUUCUCACUGUGAUUCAGCAUUAUUUUAUGUUGUGUACUACUUAAAGACAUCUUGUGUGCCACCAGUGGUAUGGGUCCUGCACUAUGGAAAUACUUGACUGUACUAAGAAUCAGAAGGUAGCUUUCCUAGCAACUCAUUAUUUUAUGGCUUUGAGGAAUUAACCCCCUAGUAUCUGAGAGAACUUACUUGCUUUUUGAUAAUGUUUUAAAGAUUGUUUAAGCAGUUGUGAAUUAAUAAUAUAGGAAGCACAGUUUGAUUCCAUUAGCAAAAUCUUUGACUCUCAUGGUUUUAGAAGCCAUCUUCAAGAAUGAUUUUCCUUUGUUUAAAAUAUUUCAAACAAGGAAUUCAUAGGAUACUGAAAUUUGAUGUCAUACAGAAAAACAGUAGACCCCAUUACAUUGUAAUUGUUGUUACUGGGCUCAUUUAUUAAGUAGAAGAAAUAGUCCAGACGAUAAAGUCAGUGAACUGUGUUGUUUGCGUGAACCAGUAUUUGCGGAUCUGUCUAGAACUAUAAAAUCCUGCUUAACUAGAACGUUGGUGGGCACUCUCCUUUUAGAAGAAUGAGGUAAAAGGAAGACAAUAAGCUUAUGAUAUCAGGAAUUCAUGUAAAACUAGAAACACUAGUUUGCUCCAGUUUUCUGCUCUAACAAGCCUACUCUGAAAUUAUGCAUAUUCUGAGAGAUACCCCAAGGCAUCACAAGAUCCUAAAUCAUCAAAACACCAUUGAAUUGUGUUGGGCAUUUUGUAGCCUGGAAAGCAAAGUGGUUCCAUUUAGAAAGUUUUUCAGGCCAGGCACGGUGGCUCACACCUGUAAUCCCAGCUCUUUGGGAUCAGGAGUUUGAGAACCAGCCUAGCCAACAUGGUAAAACAUCAUCUCUACUAAAAAUACAAACAUUAGCUGGACAUGGUGGCAUGUGCCUUUACUCCCAGCUACUCAAGAGGCUCAGGCACGAGAACUGUUUGAACCUGGGAGGUGGAAGACUUAAUGCAUUUAAGUCUUUAAUUCUAAUAUAUAUAUAUUAGAAAUGUUUUCUGAACUAAUGGAUAAAACAGGUUGUUUUUUUUUUAAAUAGUCAACUGGAAAGUUGGAGCAUCCUGGUUAAUUGAGAUUUUGCUCUGUAUUGGUACAGCGUGUACCCGUUUGGUUCAGGAGCUACCUCCUUGUCAUUGAAUUGAUGAGUUAUAAUGUUUGGUAUUCAGAUACAAUCAGCAAGAACACUUGAAAACUCCUCGCCAGUUAUUUUUAAAGGCUUACUUUGUUUUUUGUUUUUAUUUUUUCACUGGCUAUUUUGGAUAAGAGAAUGUUUACAUUUUAAUGUAAAAAAAAUGAAAACAUGUAUAAACGUUUUAUGUAUAGAAA